AGGGGAAACAACAAACAAUGGUCUACUCAAUUUUUGGUGCUCAUACCGGUAAUUCGUCGCUGUUUUUCAGCGUGUGGGCCAUGGGAAAGGACCAGGAAUUUCUCGAAGCUGCACGAAACGGAAAUGUUGUCGCGGUUGAGAAGCUGCUCAAUUCCAAAGCUAAAAGGGGCGGGCCCCUUGCGAGUUUAAGAAGGGGUCCCGGAUCCAAUGUCCAAGAUUCAUCGGGAUACUCAGCACUCCACCAUGCCUCACUCAAUGGCCAUCGGGAGAUUGUUGUGCUGCUUCUGGAGCAUGAAGCCUCACCUAACAUUGUGGACGGCAAGGGAUCAUCACCACUUCAUCUAGCUGCUUGGGCUGGUCAUGCUGAUAUUGUUCGCCUCUUGCUGACCAGUGGUGUCCGUGUUACCCAGAUCAACCUGAAGAACAAGGACAAUGAAACAGCUCUACACUGCGCUGCCCAGUACGGCCAUACGGGCGUCGUGAGCCUUCUGCUCAAGUACGGAGCUGAUCCUAGCCAUCGGAAUGUCCGCGAUGAAACGGCCCUUGAUCUGGCGGCCCAGUACGGCCGGCUGGAGGCGGUCGAGCUCUUACUGCAAACACAUCCGGAAUUGAUUGAAAUGUAUAAAAACCAAUCAAGACUAGAAGAAGCUGGAAAGAUGUCCGGUAAGCCCAAGACAUCGCCUCUCCACGCGGCCAGCCGCAACGGUCAUCGCGCCGUAGUGGACGCCCUUCUGGCCGCCGGAUUUCCCGUCUCGUUGUUGACUCAAACCGGGACGGCCUUACAUGAAGCCGCUUUAUGCGGAAAGGUGGACGUGGUGCGACGGUUGCUGGACGCUGGUAUCAACGUUUCACUUAAGGAUUCAAAAGGUUUUAGCGCUCUUCGUAUUGUCCAGGAUUUACCGACGUUAGUUGUCCAAGAAAUCACGAAUCUUAUACAAAAUGGUGCCCUGUCGUCCGAGCUAAGUGAUGGCGACUUAGUCAGCUGUUCCCCAGGCAAUGGCAUGCCGUUUCGAUUCCCAACGUCAUCGUUUUCGCCAGGAUCGCCCUACGAGAACGUGUCCCUAUCCUCAUCCGGUCGAGGGGACAAUUACGAGCGGGAGUCACGAAUUUCAGCCUCAUCUUGCGCCUCUACAGGAGCUGAUUCUUUCAUCACGCUCCCUCGCCGUCGUCAUAAAAUAUCUUCAUCAUCUUUCCAUUCUCAGAAAUCCGAGGGUAGCAAUAGCGUCUACGAGAUUCCACCUCCGCCGCGAUCCUUGCCUUGGCUCCAGCAGCAGCAAGGCAACAGUCACGGCAUCGAUGGCGCUAGAGAAAAGCGGAGCUCUUCGCAGUCGGACCUACUCGAUGACGACGCUUUCAUUGCGAACGACGAUAGCUUAUCGCGUUCGUACGACGAACGAUCACUUGACUUUCUCUCGCUCUCCGAUAACCAAUCUACGGCACCAGAUGACGCCAUCGAUCGCAGCACUUUCAAACGGUCGAGUCACGCGCGCCACAGCGCUGACCAAUACUUAACGAUGACCGCACAGCCCACCACCAAGGUUUCCCCGAAUCCACCGCAAAAGCCCCCGAGGAAACUCCAGGGCAUAUCGGUCCAUUACGAGUCGUUGCCGCGAUCUGCUGCCCGUCAAAAACAGCGACAGACGUUGUACUAUAGCGUCGACAUGAAGAAUCCGAGUGCAAUUUUUGCCCCAGUGCAAGCCAAAAGAAAUCCGACGAUUGCCUCCACGUCCGGCUACGAGUUGGUGUAUUUGGCACGUACGGGGUCGCGUGCCGAUGCGUCUGACGCCGUUCCAGGGUCGCGAUUUCGAGUUGAGAGUACAAGCACAUACGUAGCAAUGGCCGGAAGGGAGCCUUCGGCUUAUGAGAAUGUUGUAUUGCAUCAUUCGGGCGUCAGCGUGGAUGAUGACUCGAUCUACGACAUCCCUCGCGAGCUGGGCGGCUCCAAAGCUUACGAGAACGUCAGCUUUAAUCGGGCAGAUCAAACUACCACGUCACUGGCGGCCAUGUCUGGUUCAUCUUCGCCGAAUUCGACCACUCCCGAAAGCCCGUCCCGAUUGCCCAAUAUGCCACCAACGCCCGAUCAUCCGCCUCCGCCAGCCCACUUGGCAGAGCAGAGCAUCCAUCUAAGGAUAAGGCCACUUAGUGAAGAAUUCAAACGUAAAUCUCGGGAUAUGGAAACAGAAACGGAAGAAGAAAUUUUUUUGACUUUCUCCAACGAAUGCGAUGCGGCGGGCAGUAGCAGCAAUGGAGGCUCCGUGUCCGUCUCGCUCUCUUUGUCGGAAAAAAGCCUGUCAGCCGACAAUAUGGAGGAGGUAGUCACAAGUGAUCAGCCAUACGAAGGACUGUUACGAGGAUCGGCACCCGGCAUCAAGUCUUACAUGGAUCGACCCACUUCUUUAGCAACUCAUGGCCCCGCUUCUACGUCGUCAGCUGAUCGCAGUAGCGAUGCAACAUCCGUCAUCAGCGAAGGGGCGAGCGGUGGGAACCGACAGAACCGAACCAGCUUGUCAGUUUUGAGCCCGUUCAACGAGGAAGAAGAAUGGACCAAAAUCGUGGAGAUGCUCAACUCUUGCAACAGCGGCUUGCAAUCCGUCAGCGAUGGGUUGGCAGGUGAUGACUCACAUCUGCUUGGCGCCGUGCAGCGCGAAUUUCAAAAUAAACUCGAUGCCAUGGGUGGAGCGCCGGUGGAAGCCAAGAACGAGGACGUGAUCGAAGUGCCGCCGAUCGGCAAUCACGGCCACGAUAACGUAGCAGACUGGCUGCUGUCGCUCGGAUUUCAACAUUAUCUCGGCCUGUUCAUUGCCAAUGGAUUUGACGACAUUGACUUCCUGGGCGAUGGCAUUGUUGAUGACUCCAGCUUGUUGGAUAUUGGCGUGUUGGAUUCAGAACACCGGAGGCAGUUGGUGAAGGCAUCGAUGUUGUUGAAAACGCCGCUGCACAAGAUGGAUUCGGCGGGCUGGCCGGAGACGGUCGACCAAUGGCUGCAUCUGCUUCGCUUGGACCACUACAGCGAACAGUUCCGCAAGAACCGCUACGACGACAUGGAGCGAGUCGGCCGCAUCUGGGAAGUCGAGCUGACGACCGUCGUCGAGAUCAAGUUGGUCGGCCACGUUCGACGCAUCCUCGCCUCCCUGGGCAACAGAGUGCAACCGCAUCCGGCCAAGGUGUGCAACGGUUCCGUUGCUGCUCCCGCUCAUAGUAAACCACUUGAAAGCCAGGAUGAUUUAACAGCUAUGUCUUCCGAUCUUAAAUUUAUCUCGACUAGUCUUGCCCGGCUGGAGGAUGAAAUCAGCCAGAAGAUGAUUGAAACAAUGGGUGCUCCGCUAGUACAAUCCUGUGUUAACGAAGUCGGCAACAAGAACGCGAACAACACGCUGGGCAGAAGGAAAUCGCGGCCGGCUCCACAACCUCCGCUGGAUGCGAAACAUGCCCGCCAACCGGUGGAACGUUUGCUAGGUGAACUAACCAUCCGUAACCCUACAGAUUUGGUCGUCGGCAUAACCAAGACGGUGGCCACCAAGUGGCGACACGAACCUCAAAAUCUCUUACGACCGGGUGUCUGUUACAAAGCCCAGUACUUGGGCUCGACGUUGCUAAGGCACGUCCGUGGAACCGAAUCGACCAAACGAUCCAUCCAGAAGCUGAAGAAGAAGAAAGCGGAAGAAGGUGGCAGACGGACGACCAGUAUUGUUUUGGCCAUUUCCAUCAAUGGCGUCCAGUUUCUCGACCCGCAUAAUCAGGAGACCAUCUGCAAGCACGAGAUCCGCAACAUCAACUGGGCCUGCCAGGACGCCGACGACCUGACCCAUUUCGCCUACAUCACCAAGGAUCACGAAUCGACGCAGGAUCAUUUCUGCCACGUUUUCCAGGUCCACUCGAUGGAUUUGGCGACUGAAGUCAUCUUAACGUUAGGCCAAGCGUUCGAAGUGGCCUAUCAACUUGUUCUCCGCCAAGAAGUCUGCAGUCCUUGCAAGGAGGAUUCUAGUCAACCAACUGUUCCAGCGCUGUUGAAUUCACCAGUUCAACGUUCUCCCUCUCCGUUAGUCGUACCAGUAUUAUCGAAUUCGAGCGCCACGACGGCCGUGACGAUACCCCCAGCCGUUAAAGUGACAACGGCAGUAGCACAGCCUCCAACAGUUACUCCUAUUGCGACAUCCACUGCAGCUACCAAUAACAAACCGGCUGGAGUGGGACGGUAUGUUGUAGAUCCGAAUCGAAAAAUCGGGCCGAAACCUACUGUUUUGCCACCGAAACCCAAACUGGGGACGGCGUUGCUUCACCAACGACCUGGCACUCAGGGUAUCAGUCACGCACGCUCUCAUUCGAGCGUGGACUGUAUGCCCGUAGCGUCUGGUGCCGCCAGCGCCAUGAUCGAAACUCGGCUGCAAUCUGAAUCCAACCUGGCCAGCCUUCAGGCCAGCAAUAGGCCGACGAAUGCCACGAUGAUCUCGCAUCCUUCGUCAACUUCGGUGUCAUCAAUCGGAUCGGGACGAGCCCCUCUGGCCGCCAAAGAUGAGCUUUAAAUUAGAAAAAGAAAGAAAGCAGAAGAAAAACAUGAGAUUGCUUCUUAUACUCUUUGAAUGUGAGCCCCUCAAGCUUUUUUUAUAUCUUGAUUUGCUCUUUAACUAUUUCAAACAUCCUUUUUCUUCGCUACUAGGUCAGCUAUACCAUGUUCUUCUUUAUUCAUUCGAGUCACGGCUUGAUUUCGUUGUCGGGUACACAUUCGACCCGCUUUGGUCUCGCUCCCCUUUUAUAUUUCCUGAUACGCGUCUAAAUAUGAAAGUCAUGAACGUAUAGGGAAUGGAUGUACCCAUAUUCCGCAAUAGAAGCCUAUAGUAUUAGAUUGUGCCUGACUGGGUUUCUGUAAGGUCCCCUAAAAGACAAGAGGACGAUGGAAUUGUUCAUGCAGCAGCUUCUUUUUUUUUUAUUUGCGCUCAUGUUUCAAAUUUGCAAAAUGGCUAUACCAACGAUUCACUGUUUCUCGUUGGAAUUCGUGCGGAAGAGGAAAAAAAAAUGAAACAUUUUCUCCGAGUGUUUUGUUGAACUUAAAUUGUGUGCUAGAUAAAUCGUUACAGCCCUCGUUAUUGGCCAAAAUGUUUUCGACACGAACAGCUUAUUGAUAUAGUGAAAAGUAUUUGUUUCUGAAAGCAAAAUGUACGUGAGUAUUACAUCCACAUAACCGUCUACAAUAUUUAGAGAUCUCUCUUCCAUUUUUUAAUAAAUUUCUGGAACGCCAUCGCCACCUGUUUGAAUGUGAACGGAUUCUAUUCAAAUUGCAUUUGGAAGAUCUCGUUUGAUGAAUUGAAAACCAUGCAGAUUUACUUGUCUGAUUUGGGAUUGGUCUUGUACGGAUAUGAGUUUCUGCUGUUUGCUGAGGGUGGCGAUAGUUCAAGUCACGGGAACAAUUUGAAACGUUGCUGUUGGCUCUCGAUCAAAAUCAUUAGAACUAAACAUUAAGAGAUGACGUGUGUUGCUGUGGCACCUCGAUUUGUGUCUCUUGUACAGUUUCUAGGCUCUAAUUUUGUACAUGGCUGUGUGAUGUGUGUUUUGCUAUGCGCCAAUGGCUCGAAAAAAAAAAAACUAAAUGGAGUUUACAAAUGCCGUUUCGGGCUGCGCAUCUCCAGAUGUCCGAUUACAAUUUUCUUGUGCGAUGUAGACCCUUGAAUUCCUGCCUAUUCCUCGGCAAUUAUUUAUAUUUCUCUGCAGUAUUCCCUUCUCUGGUCAUGGGCUACGUGUAUUGACCAUGAUGUACACCACCUUGACUAAUGAUUUUUGUAACGGAUCGUUGUUAAGGCCCUCUCUCUCGUGCUGCUGUCUUUUUGUUUCUCUCUUUUCCUCUUUUAUUUGAUGGAACCAGUCUAUUACAAACUAAUUGUGCAAUCGGAGAAAUCAAGACUCCACGUCAUCGAUCAUUACACCCUUUAAAACGAA